CAGGGGGGGUUGUGGAGAGUCUUCUCUUCUUCACCAAAAAUGGAGCUUCUGUUACAGUAGAGAGAAAGAAACACACAUUUCCGAUUUCCCCCAAAUCAAAAACCCUAAUCAAAAUCCCCCGCCAUGUACAACUCGCCGGCGAAUGCCAGCUCCUCCUCCUCCGCCGCCGCCGGCAGGCAACAAGGCAUGUCGUCUUCCUAUCCGAUUCUCCACCACCACCACCACCUCCAGGUGCAGCACCACCCGGUGAUGAUUCCCCUCCCUCUCCAACCGCCGCCGUCGCUGGUGGCGUCUGGCGGAGACGACGACGAGCUCCCCAGGCGCGACGAAAGGUUUCCUCAGUGGAGCAAUCAGGAGACGCGCGAUUUGAUCGGAGUUAGGGCGCAAUUGGAGUUCGAAUUCACGGCGGCGAAGAGGAACAAAAACCUCUGGGAAAUGGUGGCGGUUAAGAUGAGGGAGAAAGGCUACAGAAGGACCAGCGAGCAGUGCAAGUGCAAAUGGAAAAACCUCGUCAACAAAUACAAGGCUCAAGAAGCGUCCGACGUGGACAACGGUCGAGUCUGCCCAUUUUUUGACGAGCUGCACGCGCUGUUCACCGCGAGGGCGAACAGCCCGAACGAAAUCAACAUCGGUGGGCGGAAGAGGGAUCGAACUCCCGAUGAUAUUUCCGACGAGGACGAAGAGACCGAAGUCGAGCAGACGGGCAGACCCCGAACCGCCGCUCUGAGACCAAAACCCAGCAAGGAGAAGCGGCCGAGAGCCGCGGAAAAAGAAAAAGAAAAAGAAAAAGAACCUUAUACGACGACACCGACGAUUCUCGAUGCGCUCCAGGAGAUACUGAGGAAUUUCAUGACCCAGCAGCAGAUAAUCGACUCCCAGUGGCGGGAGUCGAUGGAGCGGCGCGCGGAAGAACGGGAUAUCUUCGAGCAGGAGUGGCGGGAGAAGAUGGAGAAGCUCGAGAGGGAGAGGAUGAUGAUGGAGCAGGCUUGGCGGGAGAGGGAGGAGCAGCGACGGCUGCGGGACGAGACUCGGGCAGAGAAACGGGAUGCGUUACUCACGACUCUGCUCAACAAGCUCGUCGCGAACGACGACAAAAACCCGUUUGGCAAAUGUAUGCAGAAGAUAUUCAACAAGUUUUAUGCAAUCGUGUAAUUCAUUGUUAUAUUCAUCUGCAACUGAGAAGAAUUCAAUCCAUCCAUGGAGGCAAAUACAGAUCCAAUCGGCGAAUCGAAGAAAUUAGUGCUUGCGUGGGUGCGGUGAAUUGGAAGUAAACAAGGAUUGAAGGAAUUAGUACUUUGCAAAUAGGGCAGAUGACUCUGAGGCCGACGGCGCGUGCUUCGAGCUGCGAGCCUUUAGGCUUCUGGUUCUUCUCGGCGUUCUUCUUCUGAGCAUCGAUCUUCUGCUUCCCUCUCGUCAUCUCCGCCGCCGCCGCCGCUGCUGCUGCUAGUGCUGCUUGAUCUUCCGUCGUCUGUGAUUGGGCAUUCA